AUGGCGAGUCUCUUCGUCUCUAUCCCUAUGCAACCCAGACAAACGGCCUUCUCCGCGUUACCACAGCCGCUACUCCCGCCGCCGACGAACAGUUUCCUCGAUGGAGUAGGAGGAUUGUGUCUUACCCGGAGAAACAGAGAGUGCUCCGUCGUGGCGCGAGCAGGACCCAGUACGAGUAGCUACUUGUUCGCGUUCGCCAUUCCUGCUACUCUUAUCGCCGCCACCGUAUUCACUUCGAUAAAAAUCGCUGACAAGCUCGACGAAGAUUUCCUUGAGGAUAUUGCGUUGAACCAAGCGAUAAAAGCAGCAGAAGAUGGAGAGAAUGCUGAAGGUGAAAUCUCACUGGACGAUUUGAUUAAAGAACCUGUGCUUCAACGAACCCGUCAACGGCCUAAACGUGAAGUUUAA